UAUUCAUCGGAAUAAAAAAGCACUAAAAAAAAACAAAAUUGUAACAGACAAAUAAAAAAAAUGGCAUCGAUGCUUCCGCCGGAGCUAGACAACGACUCGGUGGCGUCGUCGCCGAGGACGUCGGAGUACGAUCCACUGCCACGUGUACGGCUGAUGUGCACCUUCGGCGGGAAGAUCCUCCCUCGACCGCACGAUAACCAGCUCUCCUACGUCGGCGGCGACAACCGCAUCGUCGCCGUCCAUCGACACACCUCCUUCUCCUCUCUCCUCCACAAGCUCUCCAAGCUCUCUGGUACAAGCAACAUCAGCGUGAAGUACCAGCUACCGAACGAAGAUCUUGACGCGUUGAUCUCCGUAUCAACGGAUGAGGACGUCGAGAACAUGAUGGAAGAGUACGACCGCGUCGCACAGAAUCAAAACCCAUCCCCAGGGGGCGGCGGUGACGGCGCCAGCCGAGCGAGCAGUAUCAGCUCCCUCCUCGACAGCUCCGUCAACCGCGAGCAGUGGUUCCUCGACGCCCUCAAUAAUGGCCCCGCCGGCGCCGUCUCCGGCGGUUCAGUCGCCGGAAUCGAGCGCAACCGCUCUGAAGUUUCAUCCAUCGUGUCGGAAGUGCCCGAUUACCUAUUCGGGUUGGAUAACCCGGAAGAAGAGCGUGACCCAAAACCGAAGAUCCGACGGGAAAUCUCGGCGGUUUCGGAUCCGGGUUCGCCCGGUCAGGUUUCUUCACCGUUCGGGUCCACCUCGUCGGCUCCUGUAUUGCGUUCUUCGACGCCGGAACUCCCACCGGUUCAAAUCAAACCGGAAAACCCUGACCUGGAUUCCAUCUCAAACCGGGACGAAACCGACUCUCAACCCGAACCGGUAAGUCAGCAAACCGGUCACCUGGGCAACACGCCGUGGCAAUACCCUUCUCCGCGUGUUCACUACCCUAGUCAUGCAGUUCACCCGGUGCCGGUUUAUUAUGUUUCCAGUCCGGUUCAUCCCAGCCAUGCUCCGGUUCAACAUAUUCCGGCUCCGGUUCAGGCUCAGGCGCCGGCGCAAUUUCUUCCACAGUACCAUCACGUGCAAUCCGGUCAUCAUCAUGUACCAAUGGGUUACCACCAGCCUCAUCCGAUUCCCGGUUCGGGUCACGUAUAUGGUGGACCGGUUCAGCCUGUUAUGAUGGCUCCCGAUGGAGUAAACCGGAGCGGUUAUUAUGGGAUAAAAAGCCCGGGUCCGGUCCAUGUUUAUCAUCCCGGUAUGAUGGUCCCUGGCGUCGAGGAACAACACAGAACCGAACCGGAUACGGACCCGGGUCGGACUCUUUAGUUUGUUGAAACCGGAUCCAAGUUUUCGUGUUUUCCAAUGUGGUUUGGUUUGUCUUUGGCUUUACGUCCUCUGUGGAUUUAUGUGAACCAUAAAGUAUUAUUUGUGUUAUAUUGCAAUGUCAAUUUAUUUCCAA